AUGGCUGGUGCUCCCUCUUCUAUCCUCAUCGUCGGCUCUGGCGUCUUUGGCCUCGGUACCGCCUGGGCUUUGACCAAGCGACCUUACUACUCCAACACCACAAUCACCAUCAUCGAAGAGUAUGCUGGCGAAUUCCCUCCCGAGGAUGGUGCCAGUGUAGACUCGUCUCGAAUCGUGCGAGCGGACUACUCCGACCCAUACUACGCUGCGCUCGCCGCCGAGGCGCAGAAGGAAUGGCGCAAGCAAGGCGACGACGAUGUCGGUGGCCAGGGACGAUACUCUGAGUCCGGCUUUGUCCUUUGCGCAAGCGAGACACCCAAGGAUUUCAAGAUGAAGAAGUCCGGCAUGGACUACACAAAGGAGAGCGCGAAGAACGUCGAAUCGAUUGCCAAGAAGACCGGUCUGCCCAUGGACAAGAUUCAGAAGCUGGAGAGCACCAAGGCACUACAGGAGUUCCUCGGCACAAAGGGAUAUCCUGGAGAUUGGGGCUACCUCAACGGCAACUCUGGUUGGGCCGAUGCCGGAGAGGGCAUGAAGUGGCUCUACAAGCAGGCCAAUGCCACUGGACGCAUCCAGUUCGUCAAUGGCAAGGUCACGGAACUUGUGACAGAGGGUGACCGAGUCGUUGGUGCCAAGCUGAGCGACUCCAAGAUCCUCAAUGCUGAUGUGGUCAUGGUUGCUGCUGGUGCUUGGUCGGGUUCGCUUGUCGAUCUUCGAGGUAGAACAGAGGCCACUGGCCAUGCAGUCGUUUACAUGGACAUUACACCAGAGGAGCAGAAGCGUUUGGAUAACUUCCCCGUGGUGUUGAACCUCAGCACUGGUCUGUUCCUCAUUCCUCCCCGAAACAACGUCCUCAAGGUCGCUCGCCACACAUUUGGAUAUAUCAAUCCUGUCAAGAUUGACAAUGCUCUUCCUCCAUCCCCUAAUGACAAGAGGGAAUCCUUCAUCGCAUCGCAACCAUACACCUCCCGUAACGCCGCCAUGAACCCUCUUUCCGUCGAGGCCGAUCAGGAUCUCCGCCGUGCUCUCAAGGACCUCUGUCCCGUGCAAGGCCUAGAAAACCGCCCCUGGAAGGAGGCUCGAAUUUGCUGGUACUCGGAUACACGAGACGGCGAGUGGCUCAUCGAUUACCACCCAGGCUGGAAGGGACUUUUCGUCGCGACUGGAGACAGUGGGCACGGGUACAAGUUCUUGCCCAACCUUGGCGAGAAGAUUGUCGACGUUAUGCAAGGCCAGGGUGGUAAGCUCGGCGAGAAGUGGCAAUGGAGAGAGAUGAAGAAUGAUGGUGUCGGAAGAGAGACGAACGGUGUCUAUCAAGGAUUGAUGACAGAAGACGGAAGCCGAGGUGGUCGUCCAUUAAUAUUAUGUGACGAGCUUGCAAAGGGUAGGGCGACCGUCGGAGAGGCCAAGUCCAAGCUAUGA